AUGCAGUGGUGUCUCCUCCUCAUAUGGGCUCAGGGCCUAAGGCAGGCUACUCUUCCUGCAUCAGGAGCUAUGGCAGGGAGCAUAGUAACCACCGGCAACAUUUCUGCAGAGGAAGGCGGUUCUGUCACUUUGCGAUGCCAACUCUCUUACACCAUGGCCACAGUGAUCCAGGUCAACUGGAAGCUGCUGGACCAAACUCUGGCCAUUCACCACACUGAAUUUGGGUGGAACAUCUACCCAGCCUUCAGUAAACGAGUGAUUCCGGGGCCUGGCCUGGACCUCACGCUACAGCGGCUGACCAUCAACAAUACAGGGGAAUACUUCUGCAUCUAUUAUACCUUCCCGGAUGGAAUUUAUCAAGGAAGACUCUUUCUGGAGGUCCUAGGAAGCUCAGUGGCCAAACGCAACGCUGGAUUCCAGAAGUUCUGGCUUGGCGCCAUGGUCACAGCCCUGGUGUGCUGCACAGCUGUCAUCGUGGUGGUGGCAUUGUUUAGAAAGAAGAGAGCUCUUCAAAUCCAUUCUGCAGAAAGCGGAACACCAUCUGAACAGGAGAAUUGGCAUCCCGGUACUCCCUCAUCCUCUGGAAACGAUAUCCAGGUAGCUGCCCCUGCCAACCUCCACAGAGAACAGAUGGAAGGUGACUAUGCUGAGCCACACGACUACUUUAAUGUCCUUAGUUAUCGAAGCCUGGGGAGCUUCAACUUUCUGGCCCAGACUGGUUAA